AGGGUCUGAAUACGUAUGCCAAGCACAUGAAGGACAUUCUAAUGGCUGCAUCCAGAAAUGUAAUACAAAUGAUCCAUUGCAUCAAAGUGGUUUUACCAUGGGGACUUCAGAUAAAAAGAGCUGCCAGUUUUAGCCAUGCCUGCUACAAAAAUAUAUCUUCAGAUUUUGCUGCCAGAGCCCUCUCUGCAAAUACAGUGGAACUUCUUGGCCAGACUUAUUUCUCAGAUAACUACGGCAAUGUUACCAAGAAAAUUCUUUCCAAGGUGGGGAUAAAUUUGCACAACCAAAGAAAUCAUCCUUUGUGGUUGAUUAAGGAGCGUGUGAAAAACCAUUUCUACAAGCAGUACUUGGGACGUUCUCGGACCCCACUGUUUUCAGUGUACGAUGAUAUGUCUCCAGUGGUCACAGUAGAACAAAACUUUGAUAGACUGCUUAUUCCACAAGGCCAUCCUAGUAGGAAGAAAGGGGAUAACUACUACUUGAAUCAUACUCACAUGCUAAGAGCUCACACAUCUGCCCACCAGUGGGACUUGAUACAUGCUGGACUUGAUGCAUUUUUGGUUGUGGGAGAUGUUUAUCGUCGUGAUCAGGUUGAUAGCACCCAUUAUCCAGUCUUCCAUCAAAUGGAAGGUGUCCGGCUCUUCUCCAGCUAUGAAUUGUUCAGCAAUGUCAGUGAUGGAGAAAAUUGUUGCUUGUUUGAACAAGGACACCGUACACCACAUAAGCAAGAGAUGCACACCAUGGAAGCAGCAAAGCUUGUGGAACACAAUUUGAAAAUGACACUCACGAAACUUGUGGCUCAUCUCUUUGGUGAUGGACUCAAGAUCAGAUGGGUGGACUGCUAUUUUCCAUUUACUCACCCUUCCUUUGAGAUGGAGAUCAACUUUCAAGGAGAAUGGAUGGAGGUCUUGGGUUGUGGGGUGAUGGAGCAGCAGCUAGUUAACUCAG